ACUUAAUUCCUAGCAAGGACACAAUUUAGUUGGAAUGAUUGAACUUCAUUUGAGACUCCAAUCGACUUCUAUUAUUCCACGAUGUCGAGUAAAACAAUAGCUUAUUUCUACGAUGCAGAUGUCGGGAAUUUUCACUAUGGUCCUGGUCAUCCGAUGAAACCACACAGAUUAGCACUCACACACAAUCUAGUACUCAACUAUGGGCUCUACAAGAAAAUGCAGAUUUACAGACCAUACAGGGCCACAGCUCACGACAUGUGCAGAUUCCAUUCAGAUGACUACAUCGACUUUCUACAAAGAGUGACACCUCAGAACAUCCAGAACUUCACCAAGAGUUUAAGUCAUUUCAACGUCGGUGACGACUGUCCAGUGUUUCCAGGUCUCUUUGACUUCUGUUCAAUGUACACUGGGGCAUCCUUAGAAGCAGCAACCAAACUGAACAACAAUCUAUGUGACAUUGCAGUAAACUGGGCAGGAGGUCUUCAUCAUGCAAAGAAGUUUGAGGCUUCCGGGUUCUGCUAUGUCAAUGAUAUUGUCAUUGCUAUUCUAGAAAUUCUCAAGUACCAUCCUAGAGUGCUGUACAUUGAUAUAGACAUCCAUCAUGGAGAUGGUGUUCAGGAAGCAUUCUACCUCACAGACAGGGUCAUGACAGUAUCAUUCCACAAAUAUGGCAAUCACUUCUUUCCAGGCACAGGUGACAUGUAUGAGGUGGGCUUAGAGAACGGGCGUUACUACUCCAUCAACGUUCCCCUCAAGGAUGGCAUAGAUGAUCUCAUGUACUCUGGUCUCUUCAAACCAGUUAUACAAAGUGUCAUGGAGUUCUAUAGACCUACGUGUAUAGUCCUACAGUGUGGAGCAGACUCUUUAGGUUGUGACAGAUUAGGGUGCUUCAGUCUCAGUAUCAAAGGCCAUGGGGAAUGCGUAGAGUAUGUCAAACAAUUCAAUGUACCCCUACUAGUGAUGGGUGGGGGCGGUUACACGGUCAGGAAUGUAGCAAGGUGUUGGACAUAUGAAACAUCGUUAUUACUCAAUGAUGAGAUCAGCAAUGAGCUUCCUUACAAUGAUUACUUUGAGUACUUUGCUCCAGAUUUCACAUUGCAUCCAGACACCACAACUAGAAUAGAAAAUCUCAACACCAAAGCAUACAUUGACCAAGUGAGGCAACAAGUCCAGGACAAUCUCAAGUGUAUAGCCCACGCACCUAGUGUACAGAUGCAGGAUGUUCCUCCAGAUAUCCUCAGUCUAGAGAAUGUUGAAGAACAAGACCCCGAUGUUAGGAACAGUACCAAGGAACAAGAUGAGAGGAUUGAGCCAGCAAACGAGUUCUAUGAUGGAGAGAAAGACCAAGAUAAGGAGGAUGGUGUUGUGUUAGAUGUAUAACAAACGUUGCAUUCACUGAUGAUUAAUGUGAAUGCACUCCUAUUCAGUCAAUGAGAAGGGGAGUUCACAUAUGUAUUCAAGCACCACAUGCGUAUUUCCUGGUCAUCAAUGUAUUGUUGUUUGCCGUGAAUGGCUUGUCUGAGCUACUACCUGAUGUAGCAACGUAGUGUUAUGUUGGGUUGCCAUGUGUUUGGAUUUGAACUUGACCUUUACAGUUUCAUCUCUCUAAUUGAUUUAAUAUUCCAUGUUAUACAACUCCCAAGAAUGUUAUGUAAUCUGAUUGGUCCAAAUUGGAUCACUUGAUAUUGCGUGAAUUGCACUAUUGCAUCCAAAAUGCACUAUCCUGCACUCUGACAUCAUACCAAAAGCACUAUCCUGCACUCUGACAUCAGAGUGGGGGAUUGUAUAAAACAAACAAUGCAUGCAUUCUUGUGCAUAGAGGAUCUAAACAAUGAACUUUGUGCUCAACUCGCCAAAUGGAUAUGCCGCACUCGGUCCUGCCGCUCCUGCGGACGUCGUUGCGGUAUAUCCAUUGGCUCUCCUUGCACAUCGUUCAUUAUUUGGCCCUGCAUGCACGCGCUUAUGUGCAUUAUUUUUAUAGUGACACUCUCAUGCAAAUUGUUGAGAUGGUGUAAUGAGCUGUGGUUCAGAUGAUAACUAUUUUUAAUAAUACUUAAUAAUUUGCAAUAUUGAUAUAGCACUUAAUAUAAUUUUUCCUUGAGCAUGGCUACCCUGAUAUAGGUACCCAAGCAUUCAAG